GAAGCAUCUCUGUGCAACAUUCCUGCUCAGCGCCCAGAAGAUCUCCUACACCAAGAGAACGGAAGGAAAAAAGCUUUGAUGCAUCAGGACGUGUCUCGCGGUGUUACUUCUGCUUCUACGACCGGGACGUUAGUGGGCUCGUCCACUUCCGCAAAUACACGUGAACGCAGCUUGUCUUCCAACAAGCGCAGCCGUCACGGACCAGAACGAAAGGCGAAGAACCGGCUGAUUAUUUCGCUCACUCUGAUAACGGCAGUCGCUGUUGCGUGUGUGAUUCCUUGGGCGGCUGUACGCUUUUGGGAGUACGAGCCCGAAACAACCCUGGCCGAUUUCACAGCGAUGGUCAUCGAAGCAGAGUCCGGUACAACACUGCCCCCUCCGCCACCUUACCUAGAGGGCUUCUACUGCCCUUCUGCAACGUGUGCCGAGCAACUGGUGCGCUUGUCCCUCUCGUCCGAACACGAUCCAUGCGAUGACUUCUACGCCUUCGUCUGCUCCAACUUCACCGCCGAGCCAGGGUCCGUGCCGCGUCGGCACCGGGAUGAAAUUGCUCGGUUCAUCAUGAGGACAGCGCUUGAAACGAAAGUUCCGGAGUUAAAUCAGACCGCGUUUCAAAAGGCUGCCAAAUUAUUCCAGCUCUGUUCGGACAGCAUAAAUCACAAAGUAGAAAACGCAGCCAUUAUAAAACGUUUCUUGGAAGAACAAGGCAUAAUCUUGAGCGCGGCUCCGUCAUUCGAUCUUAUCGACGCGGUUGUGAAGCUAAGCUUCAGGUAUAACCUCCAUAUAUUCUUCGAGCUUCGCAAAGCGCUGGAUAGCGGGGAGAUUGUUCACGAGGACGGUGCGUUUCACUUUGUCAAUAUAUUCGAACUGGUCCUACCACCGACAAUGAUUUCCUGGAUGCGACUCCGAAAAACAUUAAAGAAUGAAAGAAGGUACGACGCCCUUGUGAACGUUGCGCUUAGUGCUCUUGGAAUACGAGACUCCAGCGUGGCCGCAGACAUAAAACGAAUGGUAGAUGACUCAAAAAGCCUACGUGAUGUCUAUGAGCUGCCCUUUCUCGAUUCCUCAUUUCUUUAUACGGGCAAGGUCAGUUUCGAGAACGCCAAUUAUCCAUGGGUGGAUGAUCAACGAAAAGCGCUGGAAUGGAUGACUGCAUUGACAAAGUACUCCAAUAACUCGACACUGAACACGAGGGGAGUUCGCGUUCCACUCUUGCCUCCCAACUUCUUAUCCGACCUGUUCAGCAACGACGAGGAAGUUCUGCGAGUUUUCUAUGCACUGGAAGCGGCCAUUCGCCUUGCACUACUAUCAUCCCAGACUGAUGUCCGUCUCGAGAACACCGAGUGGUCAUGCUACAACACCACGAUGAAACUGAUGCCAUUCGCACUGGUUUCACCACUUCUGUUACCCGCUGCCAUCGACACAAAAAACGACGUGCAGUUCCUGGAGAAGCGCGUCAAAGAAAUGUUGAACGCAGCCUUGCAAGAUAUCAGCAAUAAGAGCGUACCAGUGCUGGACUUACCGCUGAAAGUGGCCGAGACAUCCACUCGAUAUGGCUUCCCCCUAGGACUCGAGUUUGAAGAUGGUCUAGAGGCCUACUACGAAGCGUACCCGGAUGUUGCUGGAACAUUCCUGGAGGCGUUCCUAAACGUGUCAUCAGCGUACAUUCAUCAACUUAUUGGACGUGGCACCGCGCUCAACCUAAAUAUCUCUAACCUGGAAUUUAGCCCAACUUCGCUCGCGGUACGCUAUACCAUUGACCUGAUGUACCUCCUCGACAUACCUGCCGCUUUGAUGUUGCCUCCCUUCUUCGCGACCGACGGUGCGCCCGAGACGAACUACGCGUUCCUGGGGACUAGUCUGGCGACGGCACUCUUGCUCGCGGACUCUUACUUCGGAUCCCCUCCUUGGUCUCAAGUUGCGGUCAACGAUGUGAUAUAUGCGUCGAGGAGUUCCUGUCCAAAUCUGUCGUCCAGGCGACCGAUCGUCAUAGAAAAUAACCGUACAUUACCGCAGCAAAUUUACGGGUUCUUUCCAUUGUCUAUGAAACUAACGCGCGCAUUUGAAAACCUGUACAAGCGCCUAUUAUUGGCAGAUAUCCUAGGAAUAUACGCCAGCUACAAAGCAUACGAAUCCGUAGUCUCAACGUACAACGGAAGCUCGCCAGAGGAAGCACGGAUGAAGAAAGACGAUCAGCUGUUCUUCAUCAGCACCUGUUAUAGAUGGUGUCGUUCCGAAGGUGCCCUUGACUACGCGGCAGAAGGUGACCUGUCUGCUCGUUUGAGAUGCAACGAGCCUCUGAAGGACAUCCCUCAGUUCGCCAGAGCAUUCCGUUGUGCUCGAAACAGUCCAAUGAAUCCGUCGAACAAGUGCGGCGUCGUAUGACUGUCAACACGACGCAACACCUGAAACAAUCAUGUUGUGGAAAUCCGAUAUCAACUCAUAAUAAAACUUGAUUAGCUAGGUGCAGAUCUUACUUUAGCAUCUUGAGCGUUAUUGAACAGGGAUGUACAUAUAUGUUGUGACAAUACACAGCAACAACAACACCUA